CGGAUACGUCUGCGUGACAGUCACUAUAAAAACGCUCUGCAUUAUUGUGCUGCUCAGAGUGUGGCGAGAACAGGCGAUCUCGUGGCUGCCGCCAGUAUUGCCGUCGCAGCUCCAGAACUGCUGGAGUCUGCCGACGAAGAUGGCUUUACACCGCUGCACUUGGCUGUUAUUCAGGGCAACUUGGCAAUGGUCAAUUUGCUUCUAGCGAACAAAGCCGAUGUGAAUGCGGUGGAUAAAGAAGGGCACUCGGUGGUGCAUUGGGCAACAGUCUGUGGUGAGGUGGCAGCCUUAAGGGCUGUCUUGGCUGCGGGCGCCAAUGUGACAACACCGGACAUUAAUGGUGGCUCUCCGCUACAUUAUGCCGCCCAGAUGUGUGGAGCCACUUAUGAGGGUAAAUUGAGUCAAGCUAGUUCCCAUAAAUUGGCCUUGGAAAUUUUGGGUAUUCUCUUGGCUCAUCCGCAGUGCAGUGUGGAUGUGGAGGACAAAGAUGGACGUCAGCCGUUGUUGUGGGCUGCCUCUGCUGGUUCGGCCAAAGCCAUUUUGGCUUUGGUUAAGGCGGGAGCAAGGGUUGAAACAGCCGAUAAGGAUGGCUUAACGGCCCUACAUUGUGCUGCCUCUCGGGGUCAUACGGAGUGUAUUGAUACGCUCAUCAGUCUCUGUGGAGCUCCCACGGAUCUCAUCGAUUCCAAUGGUUGUACAGCCUUACAUUAUGCUGUCACCUUGGGCCAUGCAGAUGCCACAUCACGUCUGCUGGACUUUGAAGCUGAUCCCAAUCGCCAAGAUCGUAAGGGUCGCACACCAGCCCAUUGUGGUUGUGCCAAAGGACAAUUCGAGACAGUGAAGCUUCUAAAGGAAAGAAAUGCCAAUUUGUGGUUGCGUAAUGCCAAGGGCGAUCUUCCGUUGCAUGAAGCUGCUGCCUCGGGGCGUCGAGAAUUGGUUGAAUGGUUGUUGGAACAAAGACCCAAGCAGGUGAAUACCACCAGCAAUGAUGGGCGAAGUUUGCUGCACAUAGCGGCAUAUAAUGAUUACACAGAUAUGUGUAAGCUGUUAAUUGACUAUGGAGCUGAUAUCAAUGCUGUAUAUCGGAAUUCCAAGGGCAUAGUCAUCACACCUUUAGAUUGUUCGCUCCAAAAGGGUCACAGAUCGACAGCAAAGUUUCUACAGUCCCAUGGCUGUUUGCCGGCUGGAAAACUUAAAUUGGCUGCCCGACGUCCAAAUCCAUUUACUCAACCUCCCAUGGAGGCCGUAAAGCCUUUGCAGUAUGUAGAAAAGGAAGAGAUACACGACCUUAGUAACUCCAAGAAAUAUGUUGUGUACUUGAAACGUUCCGAAUCGGAUGGAGCCGAGGAUGGUAACUGCAGUUGUUCGGAACAAACCUAUCGUCGGGAACAGCGUUAUGCCCACAUUUGUCAUAGGCAUCGUAAAGGCAAAGGACGCCACUUGAGAAGGCGCACAAGCAGUUGUGGGGAUCCCAAGGAGUCCGAUCACGAAUGUAGUGGAAUGUGUCGCUCCAAGAGUAAUAUUGAGAUUCGGCGUCGGAAAUCACGAGAACGUUAUCUUAGCUCAAGCGAGUGGGAGGAUGACGAAGAUGACAGUGAUUCCUGUGAAAAUUGUUGUUAUCAUAAGCGGCAAAAGCAACGGGUUUUACACAAGAAACGCUCCAUAUCAAACAAGCGUUCGAAGGAUGCUAUCGAUUCAGAUGGAAAACAUGAGGGUGGGGGUAUAGAGGAGGCACAAGCAAAAGCUGCCCAAAAGUCAGGAGAUCUGGAGGUACGGGAGAGUGAUCAAAGUCCUGAAGCCCUGAUAGUACCUGAGGAUGCAGCUAAGCAAAAUACAGCUGAAGCACGUGGCAAGGGAGAGGAACAGCCAGAGUCCACUGAACAAGUUUUAAGUCGUUCGGCCUCACCAACAAAACCUUCAGUUCCCUCAACUCCCACCACAGCAGUCAAGGAGGGUACUUUUAUUAAAACUCCGCCGGCACCGGAGGAAGAAGCUGAUACAUCUGCUCUCAUCUCUGGGGCAGAAUUUACCGAUGAUGAUGAAAAUGCCUCCAAAAGUAUUGUUACCGAAGUUCAAGUCCAUCACCCAGCAGAGGAUGAAGGAAAUAUUAGUGAAAAGCCAGAGGGAGUAGCUGUCGAUGCUCAAGAAAAGGAAGAAUCAACUGAAAAGGUUCCUUUGGAAGAAGAAGUAGCCAAGCAAGUUGAGGAAAUUGUGGAUACUGCCACCGCCAUAGCUGAAACUGCCACAGCACCUCCUUUGGCCCCUGAAACAUCUACGGAUGCUGAGGAUCAACAAAAGGCAAUGGAUGAAAAGGCUACUGAAGCGGAGGAAUCCCAACCCCAAGAACAAAAAGAUGGAACUACAGGCCAAACAGAUCGCGUUCAACCUCAAGAAACUUCAGAAGACCUUGGAAAGCCUUCCAAGGAAAACAUGGAAACAAAUCUAGAAACUCCUGUGCAAGCCAAUCAAACUUCAGCUUCACCUCUUCCACAAACUUCCGAAGCCCAUGAAAUUCACGAUAUUCCACCACAGCCAGAACAACCAAACCAAGAAGAAGAAAAAGAGACCCACACAGAAGCCGCAGCUGACAAACCAAGUGAAACAACAGCUUCCAACCCCCAAACUACCUCAAAUGAUUUACCACCACAAUCCAAUGCGGCCAAUGCUGAAGAAGCUCACAAGAUCUCCUCAAAACAAAAAACAAAUGAAGAAGAACGGGACGACGAAGACCUCGAUGAACGCCCCCAUCCAGUCAGGGAACAAGAAUCAAGACGUUCAUUUACCUUACUUCCAUCCGACUCAGCUGAAGAUGAACCAGCCAUGGAAGUACAAAAAGAGGCACUGAGACGUAAAUCUAGCUUCCAGGUUUUAAAAAGUGAUGAUUCCGUUAUUGAGGUAGAUGAUUCCAAUUCUGCACGCGACGAAGUGGAAAUGAGUGAUUCCACAGUUUUCAAGGUUCUCACCAGUCCCCAAACACAACUCUUCGAGGCAGAUUCGAAUCGUUCCGAAGAGGUGACCCUACAAGAUGAUGAACACGAAGAUGAAGACGAAACGCAGACUCAAAAACGUUUUCGCCCGCAAGAUGAGCCCAUCUCACCAUACGACUAUGCCACAGGACGCAAACGACGCCUCAAGAAACGUGUCAAAAGUGGUACGAAAUCACGUAGCAAUUGGCAACGCACCGAAGCAGAAGCUGCUGAAAUGCAACAAAACACAAGAGAUCAAGAUUCAGGAUUUGAGCCCAGUCCUCGCACGUUGAAAACCAAAAUACCCACACCACGCAACAUUUACACGGCUCAUUUGCCACGUCGUCCAUUGUACACCACCCUGGAUGGACGUUCGUGCAGUAGCCGUUUGGAAAAUCGUAAAGCCGGUGACAAAGGUGCUUGUGAUAUGACAGCCGUUACGAGAUCUAUACAAAGAAACAUCCGAAGGUAUUACAUGGAGCGUAAGAUCUUCCAGCAUCUGCUCGAAUUGAAAUCACUGCAAAUACGUUCGAAUAAACUUAACGAAGCGGUUUUGGUAAAACGCGCUGUUGACGAUUAUCACAAAUCGUGUGCAGCCUUGGGCGGCGAGACAGGCACCCGGCUGCGACGCUACAAUUUCAGUGAAUACACCUUUAAGAAUUUCGAAUUGUUCCUGUAUGAAACACUGAAGGCGCUACAAAAACCGGGAACAUACAAUUUCCAAAAUAUAAAUGAAGUUUAUGACGAGGCGGAACGUCGCUUAAGUCCUGAUUAUAAUUCAUAUGAGAAGGCAUUACAGUGCACAACCCGAACUCAUCGAUGUCUUCAUGCUGCCCACGCCUACACGGGCAUACCAUGUGCCGCAUACAUUCCCAUGAUGAAUCAUCACACCAUGCCGAAAUUUGGAUUUGGCCCAUAUAAAAAGACUGGCGUGGGAAGUUUUUAUUUGCCGAAAAUUCUCACUACCGGCACCGGGUGUGGCGGUAAAGUGUCAUUAGAAUUGUCACAUGGAAAGAGUAAACAGCUAAUAUCACUGCCAUCCGAUAAAUUGGAUUCAAAUAAACGAUAUUUUGUAACAUUUACGGUAAAGGAAACGGAGAAGGCAGCCGCGUCGGCGGCAGCGGGUGUUGGGGCCGGAAAUUGUGAAGGCAAAAAUACUGCUGAUGGCUGUAGCGGAGAUGUUGCUGGAAAAUAAUGUAGAUAGUUUCUUGAUUAAAGCGCACUUACUUACACCUACACUCCGACUAAGAAAAGAAGAAGAAGAAGAGCGGCUUUGGGUUGGCCCCUUAAUGGUGUCAUGCGGAUUGUGGUGUGUUGUUGCUUGUAAAUGCCUAAUUGAAGACAAAUUGUGUUAAUUGUAAUCGCCUGACUUCCUUUGUGAAAUACUCUUCCUGUUAUUUUGACUUGUUCUUCUGCAUCUUCGUCGUCGUUGCUGUCGUAGUCUUUGUUCCAGCAAUAAGGAUUUAUAUAACUGCAAACAAGAAUAUUCGUCGUAUUAAGAUAAGCUUUCCGGCAUCGACAUUUCUUUCUGUUCCUUCUCGCUGCCAGUGCUGGCACUGCCACCAUCCACCACCACCAACAUCAGCUUGAAUGACAACAAUGGCAUUAUCUUUCAUUUGAUGCGUUCCUAAUGCAUCCGGAUGAUAAAGCUCAGUUUUUCGUUAAAUUAAGUUGCAAGGAGUCGUUGUCGUACAUGCAACGUUGUGCAUGGCUGCAUGACGAACAAAAGCCGAUGGGAGAGAUAGAGAACAUGUUUGUUGGUCGACAACGACCGACUACUGAUGGUGCAGCCCAUUCAUUACCACUUUUGUUUGUUUGCUUGCUUGUUGUUCCAUUUGGCUUUAGGAUUCCAGGCAGCUGCUGUGGUUUUCUCUUCUCGGGAGUUGAAGCUGAAGUUGCUUCUCCUGCUUCGUCUUUAGCCAGUAGUAGCAGCAGUAGCUCCCUUUUGCCAGUAAUCCAUGUUUCUGGCAAAGAUGUCAUUGUUAUUGCUUGUAAAUUCUUUGGCAACAGAUAAGCGCUGUGUUAUUAACGCUUCUUGUACAACAGCGAGACGUAUUCAUGUCAGGCACUCUUGCAUGCUUUCGGUUGAGCACAACGAAGGAAGAGACGCUGGGGUGAGGGUAGACACUGACAAAAAGAAGGAAAUGAAAAUACUUAAAUUCUUUAGCAUUAUUCAAAGAACAACAGAGCGGCAAAUAAACCGAAACGCCAUGGGUGAAAUAAGAUGGCACAGUGAUUGAAGUGGCAUCGAUUCAUCGAGGCAAUAGAAUAUAUAAUCUCUAUUCAGCAUAUCUGUAAAAGCUUUUCCAUAGAAAAUCUUCUAUUCAUCCUGGCUGAAAAAGGUUUUUCAUAGGAAAAAUGUAUAUUCAGCUUAGGUGAAUAAAGGUUUCCAUCGAAAAACUUCUAUUCAGCCUGGCUGAAUAAGGUUUUCAAUCGGAAAACUUUUAUUCAGUCUGGCUAAACAAUGUUUUCAAUAGGAAAAUCUCUAUACAGCUUGGCUGAAUAAGGAAAAUAUAUAGGAAAGUUUCUAUUAAGCCUGGAUGAAUAAGGUUUUCAGUAGAAAAAUUAACCAAAAUGGCAUUGAUUCAUCCUGGCAAUAUAAUACAUAACCUCUAUUCAGCCUAUCUGUAUAAGCUUUCCAUAGGAAAAUGUCAGCCUAGCUGAAUAAGGUUUUCAAUAGGAAAAUUUCUGCACACCUCGGCUGAAUAAGGUUUUUCAUAGGAAAAUUUCUAUACAGCUUGGCUGAAUAAGGUUUUCUAUAGGAAAACUUCUAUUCAUCCUGGCUGAAUAAGGUUUUCCAUAGGAAAACAUCUAUUCAUCCCGGCUGAAUAAAGUUUUCCAUAGGAAAACUUCUAUUCAUCCUGGCUGAGAAAAGGUUUUCCAUAGGAAAACUUUUAUUUAUCCUGGCUGAAUAAGGUUUUCCAUAGGAAAACUUUUAUUCAUCCUGGCUGAAUAAGGUUUUCCAUAGGAAAACUUUUAUUCACCCUGGCUGAAUAAGGUUUUCCAUAGGAAAACAUCUAUUCAUCCCGGCUGAAUAAAGUUUUCCAUAGGAAAACUUCUAUUCAUCCUGGCUGAAAAAAGGUUUUCCAUAGGAAAACUUUUAUUUAUCAAGGCUGAAUAAGGUUUUCCAUAGGAAAACUUUUAUUCAUCCUGGCUGAAUAAGGUUUUCCAUAGGAAAACUUUUAUUCAUCCUGGCUGAAUACGGUUUUCCAUAGGAAAAUUUCUAUUCAGUUUGGAUGAAUAAGGUUUUCCACAGGAAAAAUUUUAUUCAGCUUGGCUGAAUAAGGUUUUCAGUCUAAAAACUUCUAUUCAGCCUGCUCGAAUGAGGUUUUCCUUCGGAAAACUUCUAUUCAGCUUGCUUGAAUAAGGAUUUUCUUCGGUUUCCUUUCUAUGGAAAAUAAGGAUUCUUCUAUUCCUCCUUGUUGAAGGCCAAAGUCAAGCCCAAAUGCCUUUAAAUACCACUGUUCCUCUAGCAUUGCAUCGUAAUUGCCAUGGGAUGAGAGGAAACAAAAUACAAUAAUAAUCAUCGUGUAUGUAUGCAUGUACUGGCGGACACAUUCCUUGAUGAAUAUCUAGCUAUCUGUAUGUGCGUGUGAGAGAGCGUGCGUGUGUUUUCGUUAAUAUCCUCUGUACAUGGUUGGCUGUCGUUUUAUUAUUUGCCAUUCAAGUAUUUCCUGUUCGAAAAGAACGAACCCCUUCGAGGGGAGUAAGGAGAGCAGCAAUAAUACAUUGCUAUGUGUAGUACCACAUUAUGCUGUUGUUGUUGCUGCUGUUAUUUUUGUGUUCUUUUUAUACAUUUUCUUUUUCUGUACGCGUGGUUCCUUUGUGAUUAAUAACUGCAUAUUUGAAGUAUGUACUAAAGAAGAGAUGAAGGCAAAAAAGAAAAUCAACAACAACAAAUAAUACCGACUCCAAAAAGAAUUACAAGCUAAAGGAUGUUGAAUGGGAGUUAUAGAGCCAAAGCAAAAGCAGACACCAAAUACAAACGAACGCACAAGAAAGUACACACUUCUAUUUGUUCUCAUCACUUACUCACUUUUUAUACUCUCUACCAUAGUAUGGAGGUUAUAUUAAGUUUGCCAUUCCAUUUGUAACUUCUUGAAAAAUUUACUUAAGAACCAAAAUAUAUAUGUCUUUGUAUAUUCGUAUAUCCGUAGAAUAUGUCCAUCUGUAUAAAUAAAACAAUUUUAGGUCAGUAGGAUUUGUGAGAAAAUGGGAAAUAUAUGGGAGCACAAAUCGCAAUUGGCAAACAGUAAUCCAUAUAGGUCCACGUUAUAAUACAGCCCUCAUAAUAGUUGAUUUUCAGAAUAAGAAAAAAAAUAAAUAAAAAUAAAUAAAUAAAAUAAAAUGUAUAAAAUCUUUAUUUAAAAUGAAAUUAAAUCCAUAUAAGUUAAUGUAUGAAGAUUAUUUCAUGCAAACGGUACAUCGCUUAAUCUUCUUUUGACAUACUCCUUCCCAAAUUUCGGCCGGUAUAUCACAAAGAAAUGCUUUCUUGCAAUGCGUCAACUUAGCUCUCCACAAUCGAAAUGGGCAUCAAUACAGCCCCCAAAAAGUCUAAAGGCUUUAAAUCGAUGGAUCUAGGCGGUCAACUGACCGGUACCGAACGUGACAUAAAAUGUUGAACGAAUUCACCUUUCCAUAAGCGAAUUGCUACGCGAGCUGUGUGGCAUGUGGCACUAUCUUGUUGAUCCCACAAAUUAGAUUUUUGGGGAAAAAAUAAAAAUCGAUAUCAUCUUAUGGUAACUUCUCGCCAAUUACCAUACGAUUCAUAAAUUGUUUAAAGAAGAACGAUCUAAUGAUGCCAAGCCUAUAAACCGCAACAAACUACUACUUUUUCUGUAUGAAUUGGUAGUUUUUAUACCCUCCAUAGUUAUUAUUAAUUUUGUCAUUCCGUUUGUAACUCCUCGAAAUACUCAUGUCAGACCCAAAAAAGUAUAUAUAUUCUUGAUCAGCGUAAAAUUCUAAGACGAUUUAGCCAUGUCCGUCUGUCUGUCUGUCUGUCCGUCUGUCUGUCUGUUGUAAUCACGCUAUCUUUCGAACAAAUUGAGAUAGAAGGCUAAAAUUUUGCACACAUGUAUAUUUUCCCAGUAGGCAGGUUAAGUUCGUAAAUGGUCCAAGUUAUCAUAUAGCCCCCAUAUAACGGUACCUCCCGAUAUUCGGUAUUUUGAUGAUUUUAGCGACAUUAUUCACCGGAAUUAUUUCAAAUUUGGCAUUUGAAGUUCGUAAUGGAUACUUCAGCCCAUGCCAGAAAAUUGUCUGUGCAGGUCCACGUCUUCGUAUAGCCCCCAUAUAACGGUACCCCCCAUAUUCGGCAUUUUGAUGAUUUUAAACAGAUUUUACUUCAAGUUUCGCAUUUAAAUAUUGUAAUAAUUUAUGACAAAAGUUGCCUAUGCAGGCCCACGUUGUCGUAUAAACAUUCGGUAUUUUUAAGAUUUUAACAGAAUUUUUAACGGGUUUUAUUUUUUGGAAAUUGCCAAAUUUGUACCAAAUGGUGGAGGGUAUUAAAAGUUAAAGAACUUACAUCUUUUUUACUUGUUCAACUUAUUGACGUACACAUUGAGCUAAAAUUGAGCUUCGUCCCCGAACACAAUUUUUUAUUGGAAAAAAUUACUAACUUUCCAAGGGCCCAUUAACAAAAAAAAUCUGCGAUACGGUAGGUGGUUUGGCUUCAAAUCCUGCUCCAGCUAUGUAUUGAAAGACUUCAUACCUUGACUAUCCCACGUAGCUGAGUAAUUGAGGCUCGAUUGCUACGAACACCAAUGAUAGACUAGCGAUAUUUCCUUCAGUUCACAAUUAACUUAAGCCUGUCAGUGUCUUAAUAUUCCACAAUGUAAAUUUGGUGCGUAAUUUAGUCAAAAUAGCCACAUCAGUGGGUCAUUUAAACUGACCAUAUUUUUAAAUUUGUUAAAAAUCACGCAUUCUGACCAUAACAUUCAAUGAAGAUGGAAUAUAUCAGUCCACUCCUUCUGGUACCUCCACCAUAAAGAGUCAAAAUUUUGAAUAUCCAUGAAGCUCAUAAUACGCGAAAUUAACAUCCUAUUCCAUUCGGACUUGGUACAUCUCAAUAUUUCCAUCAACACAAUAUCUGUUAUAAAGAUGGUAGAGAUCGGAUCAAUUCUUCUGGUACAAUUCCUCGAAAUUCGUGAAUUUUGGGUAUAAAGUGGUCGAAAAUUAAAAUCAAGAGCGAGUCAAAAACACUUUAUUUAAAAGUAUUUGUCAUUGAAUUCUAAAAAUAUGUCCCAGAAGCCAACAAUAGUCUAAAUCAAAACUAGAAACUAAAAACCAGAAAUACAUAUACAUGUAAGACACAUUUUAGGGUUAAAGCCGUACUUUGUAAGCUCUCCAAAAAAGCAUACAUUUAGAAGAAUGGUGUCAAAUACAUCAUAAAAUUUUACUAUAAGCCAUCAAAGAAAAGAAAUCUAGCGAUGUCUGUCUGUCUGGCUGGUGCGCACGAUAACUCUCGAAGACAGUAUACGAUUUUGUGCACACAUGGUAUAUCGUAAUAUUAUUAUCACAGUUAGAAUGAGUACAGGCAUCGGCAAUAUAGGUCCACUUCUUCUGGUAUAAAAAAAGAGUAAGGAAAGAGAAGAGAAAGAGUGAGGAUAAUCCGAUUUGGACAAUAUCGCUCCAAUCCAUCAGUAUCUCCUCCACAGGGUAAACAUUUUAAAUAAUUAUAACUCUCAUAAGAUGUAUGUAAUAUUAAUAAUAACUCUUAUAAAAUAUAAGAGUCCGAUCGUCUAAUUAGACACAUCAAAAUGUUUUUAUGAACCCAAGACCUCGUGUGAAGAUGGAAUAUACCGAUCCAUUACUUGUAUUACCUUCCUCAUGAAGCUCAUAAAACUCCAAAUUUUAUUAUUUCCAUCAACACAAGAUCUAUUAUAAAUAUCUUUUGGUACCUCCCCCACAAAAGGUCAAAGUUUUGAAUAACCGAAACGAUCAUAAAAUCGGAAAUAAGCAUCCGGUUCUCCUCAUAUUUCACACAUUCCAUUAUUGCUACUAACACAAGAUCUGCUGUGAAGAUGGGAUAUAUCGGUCCACUCCUUCUGGUACCUCCCUCACAAAGGGUCAACAUUUUGAAUAUCCAUGAAGCUUAUGCGAAAUUACCAUGCAAUUGCAUUUAGACUUGCGUCAUCUUACACAAGAUCUGGAGAUGAUAUAUAUCUGUAAAUCCCUUCUGGUACCUCAUCCACAAUAUAGUCCAUACCUGGCACGUCCCAAUAUUUAUAUCAUAUUUAUUUAGGUCUGAUACGACAUAGACAAUAUUGACCCAUUCCUUUUGAACCUUUCCAUAGAGGAUUAAUAAUUUGAAUAAUCAAAACAGAAGUCAAAAUAUAUUUAAGUAAUCGGACACUGGCUGAAUGUAUACAUCUGACGUUUCAACUUAUUUUACUGUUAAUUUAACACGUAUCCAAUCCGAGUCAAAAUCUACAUUUAUCCUUCAAUUUUUAGGAAAAGUGUCAAAGUAAGAAUGAUUUCAGAUCAAAUUUCAUUAUGGGUCUCCGAACAAAAGAAAUUUGUAUACUUCAUAUGUACAAUAAAAACAAGUAAGCAAAGCAAACACUACAAUGUGUUGGAACCCCCUUAUAUCCAAAUCCAUUUUGGAAGAUUUUGCUUUUGAAAUUAAGACACGAAGCACUGCCCAGAUAUUACCCUUAGCAUUUUAACAAGGGACAUUUGCCCUAUAUUUACGCACUCCGUCGUAUUUUGCGAUCAUCUCCAAAAGCAAGAGGCCCCUUUGUAUCUCCAAAUUUAGACUCUCUUGACUACGACAUUUGGCUAUAUUCGUCAACGAAAUCAGCAAAAAGAGGCAGAAGUUCGCAAUUUGUGUAUUUUGGCUAUCGCCUGUAAGUAAUGUUGUAGUGGUUCAUUCUACCCGCUGUCCUAAACUCUAACUUCAUGCGAGAUUUCAUGUCCAUUAGCAAAAUGACUGCAAAAUCAGGAACAUUUUAGUUGUUGGUCCAUUUUAACCCCUAAUAUAUAUUGCGGACAUCUUUGAAAACAAUAGACCUAGCCCUUCUGAGCCUAACCCUACCCUUUUCGUGAGGAUCGGACGAUAAUUGCAAUCUCUAUAUAAUAUCCCAAACCUGUGUUGUAAGGUGGAAAAAUUUUACAAAAUGUAUACCUUAAUAUUAUAAGUCAAAUUGAAAAAAUCGCAUGCGAUAAAAAAUAUGAAAAUAAUAAAAAAUGUCACAAAAUACUACAAAAUCUAUAUGAACAUCAUUUUUAACUUAUUUUUAUGCGAUUUAGAUUUUAUACUUUUAUAUCAAGAGGGCGUUCUGAAUUGACAAAAUUUGUCAAAAUCGGUCCAGCCAUUCUUGAGAUAUAAGUAUUCCAUCUAACAUUCCUUUCCUUUGUAUAUAAACAUUGCAUAUAUUUCGCUAUAUACAACCGAUAUAUUUACUAUCGGUAUCUACGUAACUGUCGGAAUUGAACUAAACUAAAAAUAUUCGCGGUUUAAUGGAAAUUUGACUUUUAUUUAACACAAAUGUUAUAGUAUUUUUCACCCACUAAAUAUUACCCGAUGACCAUCAAAAUUGGAAGGCUUCUGCCCAGCCCUAGCCUUAGCCCCAUGCUAAUUUCCGCGUCGAUUGGUCUAUAAUUGCGACCUGUAGAGCAACUACAAAAUCAGGUUUUUUUCAGUUUUUGGUCCAUUUCGACCCCUAAAUAUUAUGCGAUCAUCUCCAAAAGAAAUAGGGUUCUAUUCUGACCUUAACCCCACCUCAAUUCUAAAUUUCGUGAAGAUCAGGCCAUAAUUGCUACCUGUAGAGUGAUUACAAAUUAACAUGGACAGACGGACAGACGGACGGACGGACAUACAUAGCUAGAUCGACUCAGCUCGGCGAGAUAGGAAGAUCCAUAUAUAGUUUCCUAUGUGGGAAACCAAUAUUUCGAGGUGUUACAUAUUUUUUGUCCAAUCAAACAUAUUAUUUGACCUGUAAGUUAUUUUCAGCAUUUCGGUAGAAUGCAAAUGUUGGUAUUUUUUUCACAUCAAAGUAGAGGUCCAUUCUAUCCGCUGUCCGAAACUCUAACUUCAUGUUAGAUUUUUUGUCCUUUUUGUAAACUUUAUAACGGCUGCAAAAUCAGAAACAUUUUCAGUUGUUGGUCCAUUUCAAUCUCUAAAUAAAUUAAUAAAUGGUGAAAUAGGAAAUCGAUGUAUGAAGUACCAAUAUUUCGAGGUAUUGCGAAAUUUUUAUUACCCCCAACAUGGUAUAAACACUUCCUCUAAAUUUGGCAUAAAUCCGUUCUGUUUCAGAACCAAUUUCUCAUUAGAUAUAGCUAUAGUUCUCAGAUAUAUUUUUUAUCCAUAUUCCAAUUUUUAGAAAGUUGUUAAUGCACUCAAUGGCAGUGUUAUUAUAUAUAAACAAUCACAUAUAUCCCAGAGAAGAAAAAAACAUUCCAAUUUUUUUUUUGGAAAUUGGUUCAAAUUAAAAUAUAUCUACCAUCCGAUUUCAAAUGUUAGCCCAACUAAAGUCGUAAUACAGAUUUAAAAUCGAUUAUAAUCAUUAUGAUUUAUUUAACACAAACCUCAAAACCAACGUUUCAAAUAUAUAGAAUGGUAUAGAGUAUCAAAUAUUCUGCCUGUUCGACUUUUGUCCUCUCCUUAGUUAUUUACAUCUGUAUCUUCAUUUGCUAGGGCCGCCGAAGCCGUUGAUGAUUCAACAUCAAAGCAAUGUUGAGAAGUUCUCUCUGUAAUACAAUUUACAUAAUGAUAAGUACACUGAGAUGAGAUGUUGUUUGGGAGAGUUUUGUUUGUUAGUCCUUAUUGCCAGACGAGACACACGCAUUCGCACAUCCGUUUGUUGUUUUGGUGUUUGAAAAAGAAGGCAGCAGAAGAAGAAAAAACAUCCAUAAUUCCGUUACAUAUUUACCCGAAGAAAACACACUCAGACACACAAAUCCACGGAGACAGCAAUCCAUCCAACCAACCGCUCCAUAGUUGUAAGUUUUAUGUAUGUCAUUCCAAAAUGUAACGACAUUUUAAUGUGUACAAAUUAAGGCAAAUGCAGAAAAAUGUAAUAAAACAUAAAAUUAAAUAA